GGUAAAUCAGUUACCUUAAACCGUUGGUUUAUGCGACCUUUCAAUCCAUUCAUUACUAGAAUGUUAAAAGUAUCACUAAAGAUCAACUAGGUUUUAUCAUAUGACUCAAAAAUGUUUCAAUCAUAUAGCACCUCUAUUUUUAAUUACAGAAGAAUUGUGGAUGGACUUGACUUCUCUACAAAUGUUAAUAUUUCCAUUGCUAUUCCUUUUGGAUUAUCUUGUUUUCCAAAAGAGCGAAAAAUACAAAAUGAUAAAGUAUUAUUAUAUUUGCUAUAACUCAAGGUUACGAUUAAGAGUCUUGUGCAUACUGAUCCACAAAUCAGUUUGUUUCACUCGACAAGUCACUCGGCAGUGAAAAUCGAAAUAAUAUCGAAGGUUAUCAUUUAUAUGCGUAAGUGCAUGGUAUCUAUUCCACCGAUCUUUUCAAAUUGAAUGUUCGUUCGUUUUUUAUUCCAUAGAUCCUGAUCGUAAUAAUUGUAUGAGUGUUAAGAACCAAUUAACUGAAAAGAAAAAACGACAACAAAAUGUCGAAAGUCGGUUAAGUCUCGCACAAAUCAAUGAAGUGUUGAAUGGAAAAGGUGGAAUUACGAGCAUUGCUCGAGAAUUAUUCAAGGAAAUUGUACCAGUAGAUCGGAGACAGGUUGAUCACUGGAACAAAUUGCCGAUCGAGGUUUUGUUAAUAGAAAAAAUGCUGAUUGAUUUUAUGGAACGGUAUUAUAGCCCAGUCGAAGUUAAUCCGAAAAAAUUCAUGCAAGUCUUGUCCGAUGUCUUCGAAAUCAACGUGGCACAGAAAAAGCAGCAACAACAAGGCGAUGCACAUGAUGGUGAUGAAAAAGAUUCUUAUGAUGUUGAGCAGACAGAUGAUGCUAUUGAAGACGAGAAUAGCCAUAGGUUUUAA